AUGUGUACUCUGUGGGAUGGUUAUGCUAAACAAGUAUACGACUACAGUAUGAGUAACAUGUCCAUUAUGAUAAUUUGUAUUAUCAGGUUCUGUUCUAUUAAAGAGUGGAAAGGGGUUUACUCCAUAUCUAGCGGGUUUAAUUCCACCCAAAUUUUGCUAAACCCAACGUGUUCAUUGGUUGAUGAGUUUAAAUUGUGUCUUCCUGAUGAUUCACUUGCUAUUACAAAUAAGGAUAGUAGCCAAUGGAGUGUUGCUAGUGCUACAUCUGUUCGUGCCCGGUUUUUUGUUCUUAAUGAGAGGCUAACAAUAAGAGAUAUCGUUGACAGUACUCUGGUUGGAACUUUUGUCACCUUGGGGACUAUUGAAAACAUAGAUACUGAGCGUGGUUGGCAAUAUCUAAGUUGCAAAUACCACAACAAAAAAGUUAUGCCUACAACCAAUGUUGAUGAUGACAACCGUCCCUUGUUCUACUGUAAUACAUGUGAUAAAGAACACAUUGAUGUCAUUCCGAGGUUUAAAUUAAUUGUCCACGUUAAAGAUGAUACCGGUGAGGCAAACUUUCUUUUGUUUGAUGGCAAUGCUCAAGUGCUUGUGCGUCGUUCUGCCGCUGAACUCUAUGAUGAGAAUCUAGAUGAAGACUUGUUACCAGAAGCUGUUAGCGACCUUUUUGGCAAGAGAAUCCUUUUUGAGGUUUCAGUGGAUGCUGAUAACAUCAAAGGAAAGAGCUCUCAUUAUGUUGUUCGAAUUGCUACUGCUGAUCGUGAACUGAUUGAGGAAUUUGCUGCUUUGCCAGUUAAACAGGUCCUAAUGCUGCAGUCUUCAGAUGAUAUUUCUUCUGAUUCAGGUGGUUUAUCAGGAACUCCAUUGUCUAAAAGAAAAAACCAAGAUGAACAACAGAGUAGCCUAGAGGAUCAACAUUCCGUGAACAAGAAACUUUUUCUAAAGAAAGUCAAGGGAGAGUAA